AUGGAGUGGUUUAAGGGCCUGGCGGGGCGGGUGCGGCGGGAGCCUGGCUCGGAAGAGGACGGGCCGGAUUCCAGCUCGCCACUGCUGGAGACAGCCCAAGAGCGGCGUGAGCGCUGGCGCAGCGUGUACGUCAUCUACUUCACAAUGUUCCAGAUGUCGCUGGGCUUCAGUAUCGUGCUGACCGGCGUGUGGCCCUACCUCGACAAGCUGGAGCCGGGCGCACGGAAGGAGGUGCUGGGGCUGGCAGUGGGCGCGCACCCGCUGGGCCAGCUGGUGUUCUCCCCGCUGCUGGGGCUGUGGGCCAACCGCGCCGGCUCCGCGCGCGCGCCGCUGCUGGCCACGCUCGCGCUGUUCGUGCUGGCCAGCGUGCUGUACGCCGAGCUGCACCUAACGCGCCCCUACGCCAAGUACUGGAUGGUCUUUGCCAGAUUCCUGGUCGGCGUCAGCUCAGCUAACAUCGCGGUGGCGCGGUCAUACCUCUCGGCGGCGACGCUGGUGGGCGAGCGCACGCGCGCCGUGGCUGUAGUGUCGCUGGCGCAGGUGCUGGGUUUUGUGGUGGGCCCCGCGCUGCAGGCCGCCGUGGCUCCGCUGGGCCCAGGCCAGCCGUACCCUCCGCCCGGAGACUUCUCCUCGCCGCUCCGCCUCGACAUGUACACCGGCGCCGGGUGGAUCAACGCCGCGCUUGGCUUCAUCAAUCUCUUGCUCUUCUUGCCCUGGUGCUUCAAGGAAAGGAAGAUUGCCGCCAGAGAAGCCAUGAUCGCGCAAGGAACAGACAACGAAAAAGAAGCUCUAAAAGCUCUGAAGCCGGACCUGGUGAGCAGCUGGACGCUGGUGGCGGCAUUCUUCGUGCUGGUGUUCAACUUUGUGUUGCUCGAGACUCUGGCCACAGUGCUGACCAUGGACCAGUUCGCCUGGACCAAGCGCCAGGCGCUCGAGUACAUGGGCGCGCUCAUGAGCGCCGGCGCCGUGCUGGCCUGCAUCACCUUCGCACUCAUCGGCCCGCUCACGCGGUUCUUUGAAGAGCGCGCGCUGCUACUGUGGGGCGGGUUCUUGCUGACGGGCUUGGCGUCCGUGCUGUGCAUCCCGUGGGGCCCGGCGCCGCCGCCGCUGGCGCCCGCCGACGCCGCGGAGGCGGGCGGCGGCUGCCCGCAGGCCUCGCAGCCGUGGUGCGCCACGUCGCGCGGCCUCACCCUGCCGCAGUUCCUGGCGGGCUACGCCUGCGUCUCCGUCGGGUACUCGCUCGGUGUCACGCUCAUCCAGACGAUAUUCUCCAAGGUGCUGGGCCCCAGGCCUCAGGGCGUGUGGCAGGGCGUGCUGACGGGCGCGGGCUGCCUGUCGCGGGCGCUGGGCCCGGUGUUCGUGGCGGCGGUGUACGCGCGCCACGGGCCGGUGGCGACGUUCGGCAGCACGGCGGCGCUGACGCUGGCGGCGCUGGCGGCGCUGCGCGCGGUGUACGGGCGGCUGCGGCCGGCGCCGCUGGGGGCGCCGGGGGCGCUGGGGGCGCUGGGGGCGCUGGGGGCGCGCGCGCCGGCCGCGGACCACGAGCUGCGCGUGCUCACCCGGGACGAGACGUGA